AUGGACCUCCUUAAGGCCGCCAGACGCCUCCCUGGCGCAGACCAAAUCGUUGAUGCCGCAACAUCAGGAUACGAUGCCGUUGGGAAGCCCAUCCUCACUUCAACAGCCGGCAGAGCAGUCACCAAGUAUGCAACUACCUGCCUCGACGGUGCUCUAGAAAAGGUCGCGAAGGGAUGUGGAAUUCCAUAUACAGGCAAGAAGCACGCCCUAACAGAGGAUAACUUGAGGAAACUAGACCUAGAAAACGACACUCUGGAAUUCUCCUCCAACGACCUGCUCAACCACCCCUUUCCUUCUUCCACCACACGGACUCGUCACAACCCCAACGCUCUCGAAUUCACAGAUGAUGAUCUCCUUGAUUUAUCAGACCUAGAUUCUGAUGCGGAUUCCCAGAAGAAUUGGUCCGUAGUUUGCGCUCCGGGCUCGAAGCAGAUGAGUGAGUGGGAGGGGGAGGAGGAGGGGGAGGAGGAUGAUGAUGAUGCUACCACUGAGGACAAGAAUGCAAAUGGGGAAGACAGGCUUAAUGAAGAGAACAUGGAGAGCAAAAGACAAGGAGGGUUGGUGGAACAGGUAGAGGAAGUUUGGGGGAUUGCUAAGAGUUUUGUUAAGGCGAUUCCUUUAAGGUAA